AAAUCUUCCGAGCUGUGCGUCUCCGUUUUUAAAUAGCGCCGACCUUCUGAGAGUUUUUAGGUCAUUAACACGAAUUUUAGUAUGUACACCGGUCUUCUGCCCAAAGGUUUAACAGAAGCGGAUCUCAGCCCUGAUGAAGAGGAGGAGACGGAGGUGAAAAAGCAGAGCUGUGUUGGAGAAAGGCGUGUUUUUUCGGUGGAGGCUGUCGGUGACUCUGCUGCCUGCAGCCUGCCCGGUGUUUCACAGCAGAUGUGGCAGUUUCAAGAUCUGCGGAGAAGGAAUGAUGAGAUGAAGACUACGACUGCAACCAGAAGAAGAAAUCGAAAAAGGCAGAAGAAAGGAAAAGAAAGUACAGAAUCUUCACAAAAAAGCAGAGAACAUCAGGAAGAGGGCAAGAAGCCCUGGGAUGAGCUUCAGCAGUAUUUUGGAGUCAAUGAUCGAUUUCAUCCCCCUGCGUUUUCCAAACCCCCUCCAAAGUCCGGUCUAGAAAAGAGCAUAGAGAGGGCCAUAGCUGAAGGGGACAUUGCAAAGGCGGAGGACAUGAGCGACAGACUCGCCACUCGAGAGCUGGCUGUGAAAAUCACUGAAGCCGCCGACUGCCGUGACUUUGUGCGAAGGAAACAGGAAGAGGAAGAUUUGAGGGCUGCCCAGAAAAGGAAGAAACAAAUCGCCUGGGGGUUUGAGGCUAAAAAACGCUGGGAAACCAAAAGCAACAUGGGUUACAUGUGACUCCAACCAAGCCUAUUUUUUAAGUGACCUUGAUAAGUUGUGCUUUUAUACAGCAGUCUUUCUUCUCUUUUACCCCGUGUAUUCUGAAGAGGUCACAGCAGUAGAUUAUGAGCGGGAAAAAGUCACACUAUUGGUGAGAAGGAAAAGAAACAUCCAUGCGAGUAUGAGGCAGAGGAAAAUUAUGGAGUGUUCAGAUUAAUUCCUAAGGCACCCAGUGGUGUCUGCAUUGUGUUAUUUUCAUUACAUUUCAGUGAUUUGAGCAUUCUGGCCCCGCUUUUUUUUUUCUUUCUCUCUCUGUCUCUCUCCUUCAAAUUAAAUCUGGUGUACAUUACUGGAUGAUGCGUUUAUUUAUUGCUGUAAAGUGGGUUAAUCAUGAAGGUGCUCCUUUCUUCUUCUGAGGAAGAGAAAGGAAAGAUUAGGGUUCUAAUGCAAUGUACAGGAUAAUAUGCGAUAGGAUUUGUGGGAAGCAAAUGAAUUUUGGCCACUGUAAACUGUUGUGAGCAGUCGUAAAGUGGAGUUAGAGUGAGACAUGAAACGGAGGCUUUGCCGUUGGCCCUCGCGCAUCCGGUGAGACGUGCUAUUGUUUCUCCGCCCAAACAAGAGGCGGGUGGUGUUUCUCGAAGCCUACGCUCGCUGCUCGUUGUCUAACGAGCUCUCGCCAGCAUCUGUAAAUUCGCCUACUUUGAUCUUUUCAAAUCUGAAGCGUUUGCCUCUGCAGCUACGCAGAUGUCUGAAAUAUGCUUUAAUUUAACAAUAAAAAAAGCAAGACC